GAUCUAUUCAAUUUAUUCCACACCAUCACCUCCCUGUCACUCUAACAAACCUCCCAAAACCCUAAUUCAUUCCCGCCACCACCACCGCCACCGCCACCGUCACCGCAUUCCGCCGCCGGUAACCACCACAAACUCUCUAAUGCAAGGCCUGUGCUUCACUCCGCAACUAAAAAUCCCUAACAAUGGCGUCAUAUUACACAACAUCACCACAAACAGAAACCGAAAACCGUCAAUCUCCGCCACAAUGUCCAAAUCGAAACCGGAGAUCGAUAUAUUAUCCACGGCGGAGGCUAAAUCGAUGACGGCGGUGUUGCAGACGCGUGAACAACCACCGGCGGUGCUGCGAGUGAGUCCGUCUUCGUUGCAGUACGAAUCAGGUGAGUUAGGAGCUGUGCCGGACCAUAAGGUGGAGGAAGGUAACGGUGCGAUGAGUGAGAUGGAGUAUUUGACGAAUAUAUUGUCGUCGAAUCGAGUUUAUGAUGUGGCGAUUGAAUCGCCGUUGUCGCUUGCGCCGAAGCUUUCGGAACGGUUGGGAGUGAAUGUGUGGCUUAAGCGAGAAGAUCUGCAGCCUGUCUUCUCAUUCAAGCUUCGCGGAGCAUACAAUAUGAUGGCAAAGCUCCCAAAAGAACAGCUGGCAAAAGGUGUCAUAUGCUCGUCAGCCGGCAAUCAUGCUCAAGGGGUUGCAUUAUCAGCCAAGACACUCGGCUGUGAUGCCGUGAUUGUCAUGCCAGUUACCACACCCCGGAUCAAGUGGGAGUCCGUCAAGAGAUUAGGUGCAACAGUUGUCCUUGAAGGUGAUUCCUAUGACGAAGCACAGGCAUACGCUAAAAGAAGAGGUGAAAGUGAGAACCGAACGUUCAUCCCUCCUUUUGAUCACCCGGAUAUUAUAACGGGUCAGGGGACCGUUGGAAUGGAGAUUGUGCGCCAAAUGCAAGGUCCAAUUCAUGCUAUAUUUGUGCCUGUUGGUGGUGGUGGUUUGAUAGCUGGUCUUGCUGCCUAUGUGAAGAGGGUAUCACCAGAGGUACGGAUUAUUGGAGUAGAGCCUACUGAUGCAAAUGCAAUGGCAUUGUCAUUACAUCAUGGGCAACGAGUAGUGCUUGAUCAAGUUGGAGGCUUUGCAGACGGUGUUGCUGUUAAGGAGGUUGGUUUGGAAACUUUCCGUUUAUGCAGGGAACUGAUUGAUGGUGUGGUUCUUGUCAGCCGUGACGCCAUUUGUGCAUCCAUAAAAGACAUGUUUGAGGAAAAAAGGAGCAUUCUAGAACCAGCAGGUGCCCUUGCUCUUGCUGGGGCAGAAGCAUACUGCAAAUUCUAUAAUCUUAAGGAUAUAAAUGUUGUAGCUAUAACUAGUGGGGCCAACAUGAAUUUCGAUAGAUUAAGAUUGGUUACCGAACUUGCAAAUGUUGGUAGACAACGGGAGGCUGUACUCGCAACUUUCCUGCCUGAAGAACCUGGAAGUUUUAAACAGUUUGCUGAACUGGUUGGGAAGAUGAAUAUUACCGAGUUCAAGUACAGAUAUGAACAUGAAAAGAAAGAAGCUCUUGUUCUGUACAGUGUCGGUCUUCAUACCAAGUUUGAACUCCAAGAAAUGGUGGAGAGAAUGGAGUCACAUGAACUAAAAACCAUUGAAUUUACAAAGAAUGACAUGGUUAAAGAUCAUUUACGCCAUCUGAUGGGAGGCAGAACUAAUGUAGAAAACGAGCUUCUUUGUCGGUUUGUAUUCCCCGAGAGGCCAGGGGCUUUGAUGAAGUUCUUGCAUGCUCUUAGUCCACGUUGGAACAUCAGUUUGUUUCACUACCGUGCACAGGGAGGAAUGGGGGCAAAUGUUUUAGUCGGUAUUCAAGUUCCAUCAAAUGAAUUAGAUGAGUUUCGGUAUCAUGCGAACGAUCUUGGAUACGAGUAUGAACUUGAGACCGAUAAUGAAGCAUUCCAGCUUUUAAUGCGUUAAGUUAUCGAUCCCGAAGCUUGACCGAACCAUUACUUAAAGGUUGUAGCAAUAAGGUUUGUUUUAUAGAGAAAAUUGUACUAGUAUCCAUGUCACAGGAACACUUUUGUAGCUCAACAGUGACUUCCAGUUCUAGCCCCCACUUUUAAAGCAACCAAAUUAAUAUUAUAUGUUAGAAUGGGUGUUGAAAAAAACCGGAGCCAAAUAUAAAUAAAGUUUGGGUUAAACGGUUUGGUUUAGGAUCGAAAUAAGCGUUGGUAUGUAUUAUAUGCUAGAGCAUUUCUUAGCAUUAGAACCGAAGUUAUUACUCGAUCAAUUCUAGUAUUUCUAAUUUAUUAGGGUUUGUAAAUUGUAAUGCUUCCUCACAAUAAGGACAGGUGAUCAAAUUGAAGUUACCUGUUAGGGUUUAGGUAACCGUUGGUUGUUUAUUA